ACAUAAUAAUAUUAAUAAUAACAUUAAUAACAUCAUUCUCGUACUUGUCAAAUCAGAACAUGGCCUAACAAAAUUGGAAAUCCUUUUAAAUUUCAUUCUCAGCCUUUUUUUUUCCAAUGAAAAAUGCCGUAAAAAUCCGUGUUCAAAUGCAAUUAUAUGGUGAAGAAUCUGGCGAGUUGUAGCGAAGAGAUAUAUUUUUUCGUAUUUUUUAUUUAAAAGGCCGAGGAAGAUCUGAAAAUCUCCAGUUCAAUGGAGAUUGUGGGGAAGGCCAAGGAAGAUGUUUCCCUUCCAAAAGCAACCAUGACCAAGAUCAUCAAGGAGAUGUUACCUGCACAUGUCCGUGUAACAAAAGAUGCUCAGGAUCUUCUAAUUGAGUGCUGUGUGGAGUUUAUCAAUUUAAUCUCUUCGGAGUCCAAUGAGAUAUGCUACAAAGAGGAGAAGCGAACUAUUGCUCCAGAGCAUGUUCUAGAGUCUCUCAAGAUUCUUGGCUUUGGGAGCUAUAUUAGCGAGGUUCAUGCUGCAUAUGAGCAGCACAGAAUUGAAUCUUGGGAAUGUCCAAAAGCAGGGACUAAAUGGGCUAAGGAGAAACUAGAAAUGACAGAAGAGGAAGCCUUGCUUGAACAGCAGAGAAUGUUUGCUGAGGCUCGUGCACGCAUGAACAGUGGAAAUAAUGUUCACAGGCAAUCUCAGUCGGAGUGAAUAAAAAUCAAGUUUGCUAUCUCAGUCAUUUGAAGGUUAUUUUAACUCCUUCGAUUAGUUAUCAGAAGUGGUACUGUAUCAAAGUUACCCAUGUCUAUGGUUGCAAGGAAUCUUCUUCUUUCCUAGAGAAUUGUCACAUGGCCUUUUCAUUGUCUUAUUUGUUUUUUUAAUGUUUUACCUGUUUCUUGUCUUGGCAUCCUUUAACAACUGCCAUAAUUAAGAAAGUAGAAUUUGAUAUAAAUUGUACCUUUUUCUGUUGGAUGAUAUGAUACAUCUAUUUUUAGCUCAAAUGAACCUAGGGAGUUUUGUUUAUUCUUA